CGGGUGCGGGGGUGCCCCAGCACGUCCGUCCCGCGUCCACUCCGGCGUCCGCACGGGCGCCCCCGGCGCCUCUGAGGACUCGGCCCGGCUCGCGGAGCCCGUUGCCCGCGGGGAUACCUGGACCUAUGGCUUUCUUUGCCAUCUUUCAGAAAACAUUCCUCUUGGCAUUGCUGUCCUGGAGAACUUACCAGAGUGAAGUCUUGGCUGAAUAUUUAUCAUUGACUCCUGAAUCACUUAAAGUCUUCACCAAUUCUGCAUGUCAGUGUUUGCAGUUACAAUGGAAUGUCCACGGACUUCCUUAUCAUCAGGAAUUGAAAAUGGUAUUUCAGAUGGAGAUCAGUAGAAUUAGACCAUCCAACGUCAUCUGGAUGGGGAAUUAUAGCACCACAGUGAAGCGGGACCAAGUUCUGCACUGGAGCUGGGAAUCCGAACUCCCUUUGGAAUGUGCAACACAUUUUGUAAGAAUACAGAGUAUGGUGGACGAUGCCAAGUUCCCCAAACUGAGUAUCUGGAGCAACUGGAGCUCAUGGGAGGAAGUUCAUGUUCAAGAUUAUCCUGGACCAAGUACAUUGUUAGUAUUUCCUAAAAAUAAACUGGUAGAAGAAGGCUCCAGUAUCACUAUCUGUUAUAUUUCUGGGAUUAAUCACAAUAACAUAACCUGCUACUUGCAUAAUGAACUGAUUCAUGGAGAACAACUUGAUCCAAAGGCUUCUGCAUUCAAGUUGAAUAAUGUUUCUUUUUUUAAGAGAUCAGGGACAAAUUUCUUUUGCAAAGUGAACCAAACAGAYAUUCAAAAUGGCACCACUUUCUUUGUGUCAAAAGUACUUGAGGAACCCAAGAACUUUUCUUGUGAAACUCAGGACUUCGAGACCGUGAGAUGUACUUGGUAUCCUGGGGUGGACACUGGCUUGGACUGGAAUAUACAACAUUCCCAAAGCUACACUUUAUUUGAAUCAUUUUCUGGGAAAAAACAAAGUUGCAAACACAAAGACUCGUGCGAUUGGAAAAUAACUGAAGAUUCACAAGAAAUGUAUAAUUUCACUCUCACAACAGCAAAUAACUUAAGGAAGAGAAGUGUUAAUAUUAUUUUUAACCUGAGUCAUCGAGUUCAUCCAAUGGCUCCCCAUAGUGUCCACUUUGAAAACAGAGGCGCCACAACCGUCCUGAUGAGCUGGAAGGUGCACGUCCUUGGGAACUACUUGACCCUUCAGUGUCAGGUUGAACUGGAAGGCAAUGGGAAAGUGAUACAACACAGGGUUGACAUGAAGGUGAAUGGGGAGCACCUCUUUGGGGAGCUGGUGCCUGACACACAGUACGUGGCCCGMGUACGCUGUGCUAAUGCCAAACACUUCUGGAAGUGGAGUGAAUGGACGGUUGAAAACUUCACCACCCCUGAAGCUGCUCCCUCUGAGGCUCCUGAURUCUGGAGAAUAGUGAAGUCAGAGAAAGGAAGUCAUAUUGUGAGCUUAUUCUGGAAGCCACUCUCAAAAUUUCAUGCCAAUGGCAAGAUCCUAUUCUAUAAUGUGGUUGUAGAAAAUCUAGACAAACCAUCCACAUCAGAGCUCUACCCCAUUCCUGCAUCCACCAGAGACGCAAAUUUAACCCUUGACCUGUGCUCUUACCAAAUCCACAUCACAGCCAACAACAGUGUGGGCACUUCCCCAGCAUCUGUGAUUGUCAUCUCUGGAGACUCUGGAAAAAGAACAGAAGAGAUUGAAGAAGAAAAAAUUAACAGCAGAGAGGAUGGAUUCUUCAUGUCUUGGAAACCCCUCUCUGGAGAUGUCGUAGGCUAUGUUGUGGACUGGUGUGAGCAUCGUCAGGACCUGUUUUGUAAUUUGCAGUGGAAGAAACUGGGUCCUAAUACCACAAGUACACUCAUCAGCUCAGAUACUUUUAGACCUGGGGUACGAUAUAACUUCAGAAUUCAUGGAAUUUCUACGAAAAAUAUUGCAUAUUUACUAGAGAAUAAAACAGGAUACUUCCAGGAACUGGCUCCUUUGGAUAACCCUCAAGUGAACAUUACUAACUUGACCUCCCGCUCCUUUGCWAUGACUUGGAAGGAUUAUGCCACCGAGUCCCAGCCUGGUUUUAUACGAGGGUACCAUGUCUAUCUGAAAGCCAGGAACAGACAGUGCCACCCAGGAUUUGAAAAGGAGGUCCUUUCAGAUGAUUUAAUACGUUGCAAAUUCGACAUUGAUGACCCAAGGAAAAAGACAUUCAUUAUGGAAAACCUACAGCCGGAAUCCUCCUAUGAGUUUUUCGUCACUUCGUACACAGGAGUUGGUGAGGGCCCCAAUGGUACUUUCACGAAGGUCACGACGUCAGAUGAGCCCUACCAUAAGCUGAUCCGCMUCAUACUGCCCAUGAUUCUCUUUGUCUCGAUCAUCAUAGUAGCAUGCUACUGGAAAAGUGAGUGGGUGAAGGAGAAGUGUUAUCCUGAUAUCCCAGACCCUUACAAGAGCAGCAUCCUGUCAUUAAUAAAAUCCAAGGAGAACCCUCACUUAACAAUAAUGAAUGUCAAAGACUGCAUUCCAGAUGCUAUAGAAGUUAUAAAUAAACCAGAAGGGACCAAGACACAACUCCUGGAGACUAGGAAGCCAGUCAGAGAAAGUCCAUUAAUUGAGCCUGUCUACCUUUAUCUCAAACAAGAAGAAAAGAAGCCCUCUCACCCUGGCCCUUGCAUCUGUUUUGAGAACUUAACCUAUAAUCAGUCAGCUUCUGACUCUGGUUCCUGUGGCCAUGUCCCAGUACCUCCUGAAGACUCGCCAUGUCAGCUGGGAUUAUUGACCUCACCUGAUAAUUUACUAAAGACACUAGAAAAAAACUACAUGAACUCCCUGGGAGAAAUACCAGCUGAAGAAACCAGUUUGAAUUAUGUGUCCCAAUUGGCUUCACCCAUGACUGGAGACAAGGACAGUCUUCCAACAAUUCCACCAGUGCCAGCACACUGUUCAGAGUAUAAAAUGCAAAUGGCAGUGCCCUCCAUGCCUUGCCUCCCCUCCCUUAAUGAGAAUAGCAGCCACUCCUCAACAACCCUUUGAGGUCAAGGUGAACACUACCAUUAACCAGCCCAGACCCCAUCCAUACACUACAGAAAUGCUAUAGGGAGCAGAGCUGGAACCAUUCCGUAAUCAUCUGUCCUGGCCCUUGGUCCCAAUGAACUGUCAUUAUUUACAGGCUUAUUUUCAUAAGACCACUACAGUAUGGCUAAAGGCCAGAAGCUCUUUAACUUAGCAGGCUUACUUUUUUUUUUUUUUUUUUUUUAACGUUUUUACUCCUUUCAGGCAUAGUCUAGAGAUGGCAGAAUCAUAGGGACAUGCUGACCUUGUUGCUUUUUCUUCCAGGCUCACCUCUCUCACAGUAGACCUGAACUUGACAUAGGGAUAGGCGUUAACCACUCACUCCACAACCCCCUGCCCCCCACCAAUAUUUUACAGGGUGGCUAUGGGCCUAGAAGUUCAGUGUUUAGUGAGAAAACAUUUCAUUAGUGUUUACCUCCAUGUUUAAUAUCUUAAGGGUAAAGCAAAUAGAUUGAAGGCUUUGAUAAAGACCACAAAAGGUUUAGCACUACAGCAUAAAUUGGGAAUGUUAAGUUGCUGUGUUUAAUAAAAGACUUUAGAGAAGUUUGAGAUCAAAUCACCUUUUAGAUUUGACUUGAAAUUGUAAGAAUUUAGUUCAUUGACCCAGUGAAAUUAACUCUUUUGGGGACAUAGACCUAACUUAAUAGGUAAGAUGUUUGAAGAUCUUUACAACUCUUCCUCUGUCAAGUUUACUUAAUACAGUGAAGGAAUAGGAUUAGUAAAGAACCUCUGACAAGGAAAUAGUAUUCCUGUUCACUAGACGUCAGUCUUCUUCCUUAAUUUUUAACUACCUCAAAAUAUAAAAAUAUCAUUGAGUAAUUUCACUCACAUUAUGGCUCCUCCUUUUCUUCUUCAUUUUUUCCCCCCAACUAUUUGUAAAUGACCUGUUUCUACUUAGCAUCUUUUGGGCUUUAUGAUAGGUUCUCUGGGUCAAGAGAAUUCUGUCUCAUUUUAAUUCCUAUUAUGCUAAAAUAUUAAAUGAAAAGGAACUUCAAUGUUGGCUAUGAGAAACAUAACUGCAAAAAGUUCUACAAGGAGGAAAUCUGGGUUGGCAUCAGAGCAACUUUUUCACCUUUGAACCAAUACAGUUUGCCCUCCAUAUCUCUGGGUUCUUCAAACAACCAUGGGUAGAAAAUAGUCAGAAAAAAAUUGCAUCUAUUCUGAACAUAUUAGACAUUUUUCUUGUCACUAUUCCUUAAACAAUAUAGUUUAACAAUUAUUUACCUUGCAUUUACAUCAAAUUAGGCAUUAGAGAUGACAAAGUCUGUGGGAGGAUACGUACAAAUUAUAUGCAAAUACUAUAACCAUUUUAUAUAAGGAACUUGUCAUCCACUAUUUGUCAUCCCCAGGGAUCCUGGAACCUAUCCCACCAAGAACACCUCAGGAUAAAUGUAUAUGCAAAGCACCUCGUACCUAACAGGGGUUCAAUACCUGGUAGUUCUUCUCUUUCCCCUGCCGGCCAACCAGCCCCAUUUGUCAUAUUUCUAAACAAGCAUAAAGAGGGGUUGCUUUAGUAUUGUAUUUAGUACUGCUGUCAGGUGGAAAUGACUGCCAAUGCACAUGACUCUGCCACUGAAUGUCAACACUAUAGGAAAUAUCCACAUCUCAUGUGGCUUUAAAAUAUACCUAUACCAGUGCUGGGUCUGUAGCUCAGUGGCAGAGUGCUUGCCUAGCAUGUGAGGCACUGAGUUCAAUUCUUAGCACCAUAAAAAAAUAAAAAUAAAUAAAUAAAUACACACAAACACAAACCUAUACCAGCCAGUUCUCUUGUGUUCAAGCUUUCCAACCUUUUCCUUACAUAUAACAAAGACUUUUGCUGGAAAAUUUGGUUAUGUCCUAACAGAACAAAUCAGUAUUUUGAUGAGUCUAACAGUUGUGAGAAGAAUUUGGGGCYAGUAUUGUCAUCACUUACUCUAUUUAUGCUCCUUUGUUAAUUAUGCUUUUCAUUUGAAUCUUGUAUACAGAUUUGUCAACACUGGUUGAUUUGUAAAUGUUACAUUUUAUUUACAUUGUUUAAAACACAAUCCAUAAAC